AAGCAUCACAUUUAAAUGAACCCUUUUAAAAAGAAAAAUUCCAUUGUUGAGGGUGUAAAUGCAGAAUAUGUGUUCUGCAUUUGUUUUAUUGCAGAGCAGACUUGUCAACACCCGCCUGCAAUACCGGAUGGAUACACGGUUGUUAGACAGUAUGACAACAAGGAGAAGUUUGAGAACAGGUGCCAUGGCAAUUACAUCUUGGACGGUGCAGUGGAAGCGCAAUGCGAGCAAACAGAACCAGAAGCCAGUUUCCAGAGCUGUUUACUCUGGAAAGAACAAACGGGAGUUUAUAUUCACUCAUUCCAGCCCAGACAGCCCCAGAGAUCAGUGGAGUCUCAGUGCCUCUCUGUACAGCGCAACACCAAAACCAGGACGAUGCUGAAGAGACUUGUCUUGUUACUGGUCUGCGAGGUUUCUUUGUAUAACCUUGUGACUUCUGCCAAAGUGUGUGGUCGCCCCCCCCAGGUCAGCGGAGCACGUGUCCAGGAUGAGAUGCAAGUGUACGAGCCCGGACAGGAGAUAAUCUAUCAGUGCAACCCCGGGUACAGAAUGACUGCCGGUUCCAGAAAGAACAUCUGCAAAGCUACUGGAACAUGGCCCAGUCCGACUAUGAAGUGCUCCCCAAAACUGUGUUCGUACCCUGGACCCUUGGUAAAUGGGCACGUACUUUUCUCAAGCCUAGAGUUUCAGACCACUGUCAACUUUACCUGCCUAGAAGGGUACAUCCUCCACGGACACAAUGAUAGUGAAUGUCAACAUGACAGCACAUGGAGCAAUCCCCUACCAGUCUGCAAACCUGUGACCUGUGGUCUUCCGGAAAUACCCAAAUACGGACUGAUAAAACACCACACCAAGUUAACAGGAAACACAACAUACUUUGGUGACACGGUGCAGUACGAGUGCUCAUCCCCAUAUGUCCUCUUCGGAAAUGAAUUUGGCUCUUGUUCGGCCAAUGGCAACUGGACUGAGACUCCAGAGUGCAAGCUGGUGACAUGCCCACCCCCAACCGACAUUGAGAACGGCUUCAUGUCCUUUGCUAUUUUGAGAAAUCAUGGCUACGGAGAAAAGAUUAGGUAUGGGUGCAAGCCAAAUUAUGUCCUGGAUGGUUCGAUGGAAAUCCAAUGUGAAAAAACGGGGCAUUGGUCUACAAAGCCAGUUUGCAGAGCAUCGUGCAUCAUCAGUGCAAAAAGGGCUCGCAUCUUUUACAAUGGGCAAAAGAUAUGGGUUGAGGACUUGCCAGCCAGCAGAGUCCAGCACGCUGACAUGGUGGCGUUCUAUUGCAAAGAUAAAGACAGGGCAUGUGGCUAUCCGGUUUUAACCCAGUGUGUGGAUGGCAAUCUCAUAAUUCCAUCCUGUUACAAAGAACCUAACGUUUUCACAUAUAACAUGAAUUCUCGUAACCUGCCAUCGGAAAUAAAACAGUGCUAAAUCAACGAAACCUGAUGACUAAAGAAAACAGCUGGCUUUUAAUAAUCUUCUUUUACCUGCUGUUUACCUGCAUUUCUUUUGAUUCCUUCAAAUAAAAUAUAUUGUAAUCUU